GAAUAAUCACAGCCUGGUUGCCAGCCUGAUUGCCAGCCUGCUGUCGUUUGUUAGACGAGAGGGGGUAUGCAGGAGAGGUCGCCGUCUACUGGAUCCCACCCCAUGUGACGGCAACCUGCACAUGAUUUGGAUGCGAACAUGGCAGGUAAUUACACCCCGCCUUGUCCCGGUUAGAGUAUAAGACGGCCUGCAUGUGGGGUGUAUGGUCGCCGUACCAAUCUCCCUCAGUGCGUCCUGCCAGGUCGCCCUUCGCUCUGUGCCCUCCCACGCCUUAAUUCUUGCCAUCUCAAGGUACCGAGGCCGUCCUGCCUGUCACACACGGACCUCACGUUCCAUACCAUGCCCACGCAUAAGUAAUCUCGACAGUCAGCGUAGCAACCCAACCUGCUUCGCGUGGUCCCUGAACGCCCAUGGCCCGACGCGGUGGAUAAGGUUAUUCAACCCGCGAACCGCAGGCUCUUCUGGAACCAGCAUGCCUGCCGAGUAUACCCUCUUGGAGCAUACCACGUACAAUUGCGCAUGAUUAUUGACUGUGUUACCGUACCCAAUGCAUAUGAACAAUCCAAUCAUGCACCCCUGCUCCACACGCGCUCCAUCUCACUACUCCUACUAUCUACUCAAUUGCUUACUUCUCAGCCA